UUCCUCUUUCCCUUCCCUUUUGAGGCCAACCCAGAGACAAGCUCUGCUACCACAGAGAGGGCAGCGGGUGGGCUUUGCCUCGUGCAAAUCCUCAUUCCCAAACUGCAGCCAGAAACACUUCAGAGCAGAGAAGGGGACAGAGGUAGGAGCUGCAACCCCCAGUACCUGCCCCUGCAGCUCCUGGACACCCAGGACCUGCUCCCAGCCUGUGCCAUGGAGGGAAAGGCGGAUAUUCAGCAGAGUGUGGUGAAGCUGGUGGCUGCAUUUGAGGAGCACUGCCAGAGCCGCUCCCUGAGCAGAGAAGGGAAUGAGGAGAAGGAUCAGCAAGGCCGGCGUGGACUCAGCUUCAAAUGCCUCCGUUCACUGCGGUACAAAAUCUGUGAGGACAACUGGAGGAGGCCACAGGGCCCAGGCCUGGAGCCUGGCAGCCAGGAACCAGAGGAAAAGAAAAUUGCACUGGAGCUGCUGGAGACAGAGCAGGCUUAUGUCAACCGCCUCCACCUCCUUGACCAGGUAUUCUAUACAGAACUGAUGAAAGAAGCCAAAACUGGGAAGACAGUCCCAGAGGAAGUGGUGAAAAUGAUCUUUUCCAACAUCUCCUCCAUCUACCAGUUCCACUCCGAGUUCUUCCUGCCCGAGCUGCGGAAGCGCAUGGAGGAUUGGAACCGCAACCCCCGCAUUGGGGAUGUGAUCCAGAAGCUUGCACCCUUUCUCAAGAUGUAUGGGGAGUAUGUGAAGAACUUUGACAAGGCUGUGGAGCUCAUCACAGCCUGGUCAGAGAAAUCUCCCCCCUUCCAGGAGCUCAUUGCUGACAUCCAGAAGAGGAAGGUCUGUGCUAACCUGACGCUGCAGCACCACAUGCUGGAACCUGUGCAGAGGAUCCCGCGCUACGAGCUCCUCCUGAAGGAUUAUGUCCGCAAACUCCCGCCCCAGUCCCCCGACAGGGGCGAUGCUGAGAAGGCCCUGGAGAUGAUUUUUAUGGUGGCCAAGCACUCCAAUGCAGCUAUUGCCGAGAUGGAACGGCUGCAGAACCUCUGGGUGGUCUAUCAGAGGCUGGGCCUCGAGGAUGACAUCGUGGAUCCCUCCAACGAGCUGAUCAAGGAGGGACCAAUCCAAAAAAUCUCCACCCGCAACAACAGCACGUCGGAGAAGUACCUGUUCCUGUUCAACAACAUGCUGCUGUACUGCGUGCCCAAGGUCAUCCAGGUGGGCGCCGAGUUCCAGGUCCACCUCCGCAUGGAUGUGGAGGGCAUGAAGGUGCGGGAGCUGAAGGACACUGAGUUCCCUCACACCUUCCUGGUCUCGGGAAAGCAGCGGACUCUGGAGCUGCAAGCCAGGUCUACAGAGGAGAUGAAUGACUGGAUCAAGGCCUUCCAAGAUGCCAUUGACAGGAAGGAGAAGAGGAGUGAGACCUUCAAGGCAGCAGUCCAUGGACUGGAGACAGACACCCCUGCACUGAAGACAGAGGAGCUGGGCCGCCGAGCCCCGCAGUGGGUGCGGGACAAUCUGGUGACCAUGUGCAUGCGCUGCAAGGAGCCCUUCAACGCCAUCACCCGCCGCAGGCACCACUGCCGAGCCUGUGGAUAUGUGGUGUGUGCUCGCUGCUCCGACUACAAGGCUGAGCUGCAGUACGAUGGCAACCGCCCGAACCGCGUCUGCCUGGAGUGUUUCAUCUUCCUGACUGGCCACACGGUGCUGGAGGACCGCGAGGGGAAAUACAAAGGGAUCCUGGAGAAAGGAGCUGCAGAGAUAUCAAGCAGGAGUUUGCUCUGCAGUUCCCUGCAGCUGCUGGACAAGAACGGCAAGGGGGGCACACGGGGCUGGUUCGUGAUCCCACAGGAUGAUCCCCUCGUGCUCUACAUCUAUGCAGCCCCGCAGGACGUCCGAGCCCUCACCUCCAUCCCCCUGCUGGGCUACCAGGUGCGGGACGUGCCCCAGAGCGAGUCCCGGCACCUCUUCCAGCUGGCGCAGUCCCGGCAGGUGUUCACCUUCAUGGCCGACACCGAGGAGCUGAAGCAGCGCUGGAUGAAGGCCAUGGCACGUUCUGCCGCGGGGAUCACAGACCCAGAGGAGGAGGAGGAGGAGGAUGCAGGCCCCUGUGAUGAGGCAGAAUGAGGCCAUUCCCAGCUCUGCGCUGCCUGGGGGGGUCACACCUCCCCUGCCUGCUCUCACUGCUGGCUUUGGGCAGACCCCGACAUCUCCGCAGCCUGGUUUUCCAUCGUGAUGGGGGCAAGAUGGGGACACGUUUGCCACCACACGGACAA